AAAGGGGAUUAGUGUAGAUAGGUACUUGAUGACUUGCACGAAUAGUGGGCCGAAGGGCCUAUUUCCAUGCCACAUGGAAAUGUUUUUAGGUGUGCCGGAUCUAGAGAGCAGGGUCACAGGAGACAUACCCUCUGCCCCUGCAGUCAACCGCUAUUGGCUGAGCGGACAGACAGCGACCCACCGCCACUACUCUGGGUAGCAAGGCGGUGGAGCCUCCGCGCUUUGUGAAUGGAAGGGCCGCGCCCUCGCAGCUGAUUGGUCACCUACGACAGAAACUGGAUACAACGAGGAGCAUACGGCUGUAGGUUCCGGGACUGGGUGCUCUGCAGCCAGUGUUUGUGCAGCAGGUUAUCCCGCCGCCUACCUGCCUGCUCCUGACCGGAUGGCGAGCUGCGCCUUCUGCAGACCUCUCUCUUUGCGCUUGCUGCCCGGCCGCGCUCCGGUCGGCAGCUGCUGCUCUCGGCUCCGCUCCACCGCCGCCGCUCCCAAGCGGGAGGAGGCGCCCAAUGAAGAGGCUCCUGGCGGUGGCCGUGGUCACCGCCGCUUGCGGGACAUCCCGCGGGCGCCUCCCGCUCCAGCCCGGGUCUCGCCUGGCAUCCCGGACUUCAGUAACUACCGCGAAGCCUAUCGCAACAAGAACAGCGCCGAGCUGGUGCGGAGCCUGCUGGUGUUUCGUCUCUGCUCAUACGACAUCCUGGUGAACAGGCACAGGGAGCUCAUCAAUCUGAGUAGAAUCCUGCUGGGAAAAUGGCUUUUCAGGAAGCUCAUGAAGAUGACCUUUUAUGGACAAUUUGUGGCAGGGGAGGACCAAGAAGAUAUCAAACCCUUGAUUCGCCGCAAUCGUACACUUGGUGUGGGCUCCAUCCUUGAUUAUAGUGUUGAAGAAGACCUGACCCAAGAGGAAGCUGAGAAAAAGGAAAUGGAAUCUUGUGAGUCUUUUGGAGUGAAAGAUGUUGAAGGAGAAGUUCAAAGAGAGAAAAAAUUCCAGCCUCAUCGGCAGUUUGGAGACCGCAGAGAAAAUGUCAUUAGUGCUCGGACGUACUUUUAUGCAGAUGAGUCCAAGUGUGACCAGUACAUGGAGACCUUCUUGAAGUGUAUCAUUGCUUCUGGUGGCAGCUCUGAGGAUGGAUUUUCUGCCAUCAAGUUGACAGCACUUGGGAGGCCACAGUUUCUGCUCCAGUUCUCUGAGGUGCUGGUUAAGUGGCACAGUUUCUUCCAUCAGCUUGCUGCCGAGCAGGGACUGUCUGGCCAGGCUGCUGUGGACACAAAGCUGGACUUGGAGCAUUUGCAGGAGACUUUAGCUAGACUUGGGAUUGGCACCUUGGAUGAGAUCACUCAUUGGUUCACUGGAGAGAAGAUUGGACUCUCUGGCACUGUGGACUUGCUGGAUUGGAAUAAUUUGAUCGACAACCGAACAAAAGUUGCCAAACUCUUUGUGGUUCCAAAUCUGAAGACGGGAAAGAUAGAACCACUCCUCCUACAGUUCACAGAGGAGGAAGAGCUGCAGAUGAAAAGGAUGUUGCAGAGAAUGGAUGUUCUGGCAAAGAAAGCCACGGAGAUGGGUGUCUGCCUUAUGGUUGAUGCCGAGCAGACCUAUUUCCAGCCGGCAAUCAGCAGACUAACCCUGGAGAUGCAACGCAAGUUCAAUGUGGAGAAACCCAUCAUCUUCAACACCUACCAGUGCUACCUGAAGGAUGCUUACGAUAAUGUGACUGUGGACGUGGAGUUGUCUCGCCGAGAAAACUGGUACUUUGGGGCAAAGCUGGUGAGGGGAGCAUACAUGGACCAGGAGCGAAAACGUGCUAAAGAGAUAGGAUAUGAGGAUCCCAUCAAUGAAAGCUAUAAAGCAACGAAUGUCAUGUACCACAGGUGCUUGGAUUACAUCCUGGAUGAAAUUAAAGUGAACGGACGGGCCAAUGUAAUGGUGGCCUCCCACAAUGAGCAAACAGUCACCUACACACUACAGAGGAUGCAUGAUCUGGGCCUCCAUCCAUCAGCAAGGAAAAUCUACUUUGGCCAGUUGCUGGGCAUGUCUGAUCAGAUCAGCUUCCCUCUUGGCCAGGCUGGGUACCCUGUGUACAAGUACGUUCCCUAUGGUCCAGUGGAAGAAGUUAUUCCCUACCUGUGCAGGCGCGCACAGGAAAACAAGGGCAUGGUGACAGGAACCCAGCGGGAACGGCAGCUCCUGUGGAAUGAACUGAAACGUAGGAUCGUGAAGGGAGAGCUGUUCAAACCUAUGUCUUAGAGAAGUCCUGGUGAUCGGGUUUCAAGAGCGGCCAUUGGCAAGGAGUUUAUGUGGUCUGUGUUGAUGCAUUGUAGCACUUUGGUGCAGGGAAGGCAGUGCUGUUCUGUGACUCAAUCGGGGUAUUCAAAGUAUUGGGUCAUCCCUCAAACAAAGUUUCUGGUUAAAAAUAAUAACUAUGCUCAUUGGGCCGACAGUAUGUAAUGCACCACUGGGCCUUGCCCUGCCUCUUGGGCUGUGUGAUUGUUGGCUCUUUUACAUGCUUCCGUUAAAUAACCUAGAGCUGUUUAACAAAAGUACAGUACAUGCAAGAUUAAUAUUUAAAAUCCUGACUGGUAUGAUGGGGUGGUGACAGUUCCACAAAUAUUUCCUGCUCAUUUGACAUAACAUCAGCUGACAGGUAAAAAUAGCAGACUCAACGUAGUCAUUCUGCUGCUGAAGCUCGAUUUGAUGAGCUGGAAAUCUUGUGUGGAAGUUCUCCCUUUCUACCUUACUAACAGGGUUUGUUACUUAUUAAUUUUUUUAAGUAAUGCAACAGUAAUUUCAAGCAUUCUUCAGGGUUUUUUAAAUAUGAGGGAAGUUGGCCAUGGCUGUUUGCCAUCUUGCCCUUGUGCAGAGGUUCCAUCCUCUGAUGUAUUGUCCCUGCCAGGGGAAGCAAAAGGCUUCACUGCUUGCAGGAGGGCUUUCAUGAUCUUUCCGCUGCAAGCACUAGCAGCUGUCCAAAAUGAGACCAGGAUCAUGGACUGAGUUCUGAAGGUAUUUCACAAGGUGUCUGCUGCUUGAAAAGCCGUGCAAGCUACAUCAUCCAUUUAAAGUAUACUUGACUGAAGUGCACAACGUACUCACUUGUUUAUAUAAUAAAUUACUACUCCAGUUACUAAACACUGAUGAAUGUGAACUCAAACUGUUUGCAUUGGUAAUGGACUAAAUAAUUGCAACUUCCUCUUGUAUAAAGUACCGAUUAGUCCUAUUCUAUUAUUGUGAGGUACUUGAGUUUUGGGUAAAUGUAAAGCUGCAAGCAUAAUUUGUUAAUCAGCCUAUAUUCUACACUCAGAAGGGAGGGGGUUGCAUUAAACACAAAAUGAUCAGAGCCUAUGCUGCCCUCACUAUUAGUCUCCUACAUACUGGGUUUAUGCAGCUUCUCUACUCUCCCGCACUGACGUAAUGUAAAACUGUACUUGAAUCACACAUACGUGUAUCAUUUUCGUUGACCUGGAGCAUCCUACUGUAAAAGGAAACAUAAAAGCCUUGUCAUGUGAUGUGGGCAGAGCUAACCCAUGCAGAGAGAGGAUCGUUGGUUUAAUUAAAAACCAGACCCAUCAGCUUUUUGUGACUGUUUACCAGGUGUUUUGGAUACGGAGGCAAACAAAGUGCUGAGAAUAUUCAGCAGGUCAGUCAGCACCUGUGGAGAGAGAAGCAGAUUUCCAGCUUCUUUAAUUUUUACAUUUAAUUUUCAGCUUUUGAAUACUGUGGGUGUAGAAUAAAGUGAGCUGCUUUGGUGGUGAUGGUGGGAAACGAUCAUUCCCAUUCCCUAUUCUACCGGGCAUUUGCCACUGCCACCACUUGACUGCCAUGUUGAAGUAGAGUACAUGUAUCUGAGUAGGUGAGACGUUGUGGUUGACCUGGAAAUGCAAGGAUGAGUAGAAGCCUUUGGAGAUUUCCCUCUCUCUGUCCCAGUGAAGUGCCUCGCCCUUUCUCUGAGAAGCGUGUUCAGUCGCUAGGCUAAGGGGGAACCUUACUGCAGGCAGCAGGAAGAGUGAUUCUUCUGCAGUCUCGGGCUAGGCCUGACCAUUUACAGGACCACUAUUAUGCUACAGUUGUCUCGUCUGCUGAAUGGUUCUCGUAAUUUUCUUCCUGGUGCCCCAGGAAGGCAAGAUGUUCAUUUCUUUCUUUUGGGUUUGGGGUCAAGUUGGGGCAUUGCUGCAGAUAUUCAUGACUAUUAUUUUAAAAAAGGGGCUUAAUCAGAUAAGCAUAUUGUGGAGCAGUGGCCCUUUUUCUAAAUCUGGGGAAUUGCUAAGGGACGGUGCCAUUAGGAGCAAGGUGCUGACUAACUGCCAGAACUGUGAAUCUAUCACUGCAUUGUGCCAUCCCAAUAGCAAGCAAGCAAGCAACCAGAGCAAUCAUUAGGCAUCCAAAGGUUUGGAUUAAUUGAGCAGUUCUGAUGGCUCUUGAUGGGGUUGGGAUGGGUAUGAUGGCUAGUGGGAUCCUUUGCAGGGACCCUGAUGCUAGAGGUUUCAGUAUAGCUUGUGCUGAAUGUUUGACUGUUCUCCACUGAUUUUUUUUAAAAAAUCUUUUGUGUGUUCCAUCCUGUUUUAAGUUUUCAAUAAAUUUUAUUUGUGUAUGUA